AUGUCCAAAGAUCCCACCAAGCCCAACAUCGUGCUCAUCCUCGCCGACAAUCUCGGCUGGGGUGAGCUAGGCUGCUACGGAGGCGGUAUUCUCCGUGGCGCUGCGACCCCUCGCAUCGACAAGCUUGCGACCGAGGGUCUCCUUCUACACAACUUCAACGUCGAGAGCGAUUGCGUACCUACCCGCUCGGCCCUGAUGACUGGUCGUCAUCCCAUUCGCACGGGAUGCCGCCAAUCUGUGCCUGCUGGGUUCCCUCAGGGACUGACGCGGUGGGAGCGUACGCUGCCGGAAUGUCUCAAGCCUCAAGGGUAUGCUACUGCGCAUCACGGCAAGUGGCACCUGGGUGACAUUCCCGGUCGGUAUCCUUCAGAUCGUGGCUUUGAUGAAUGGCUUGGAAUCCCACGAACGACCGACGAGAGCCAGUUUACUUCUGCACUGGGUUACACGCCUGAAGUCGCCGAGCUCCCAUACAUCAUGAAGGGCAUCGCAGGCCAAGACUCGGAGAACAUCUGCAUCUACGACCUAGAAAAGAGGCGGCUAAUUGACGAGAUGCUCGUUGACCAGUCCAAGGACUGGCUGUCGCGUCAAGUCAAGGCUGAGAAGCCCUUCUUUCUCUACCACCCUCUUGUGCAUUUGCACUUCCCAACUCUUCCCCAUCGUGACUUUGAGGGCAAGACUGGACAAGGCGAGUUUGCCGACUCAAUGGCCGAAAUGGACUAUCGUGUCGGCCAACUCAUCGACCACCUCGACCAACUCGGCGUCCGCGAGAACACGGUCCUUAUCUUUGCCUCAGACAACGGUCCCGAGUUCCGGCCACCAUACAAGGGCACUGCCGGACCAUGGUCGGGCACCUAUCACACCGCCAUGGAGGGCAGCCUCAGAGUCCCCUUCAUCAUCAGAUGGCCAGGCCACGUUCCUACCGGCGUCACCUCCAACGAGACAGUCCACGUAACCGACAUCUUCACCACAAUCCUCGAAAUCGCCGGGGCAGAAGUCCCCUCCGACCGUCCCAUAGACGGAAUCAGCCAAGUUGCCUUCUUCAAAGACCCAUCAACCACAAAAUCCCAGCGCGAAGGAUUCCUCUUCUACAUCAAGGACGAGCUACGCGCCGUCAAGUGGAAGGACUGGAAGCUGCAUCUAAUCUGGGAGCCCAAGGUGAACCAGUCGUCCGGGAAGCUAGAGUCGCCGUAUUUGUUCAACGUUGUGCGGGAUCCCAAGGAGGAGACCGAUAUCCUGGCGUACAAUACUUGGGUCAUGCAGCCGGUCAUGAAGUUGAGGGCAGAGUUUGAGAAGAGUUUGAAGAGUGAUCCCGCGCCUCCGGAUCCUCUUAAGGGUCUUUAA